GGUCGCGAAAGCCUACGUGUUAAACUGACAAACUAUGUAUCCCCAACGAAUAAGCGCCACUUUGCCAGAAAGGUCGUCUGUUCUUAUAUAUUUUUUAAAUGUUUUUAGGACAGUGUUAUUGACGACUAUGUGUUGAGCUUUUGUUUGUAUGGACGUCACCGCUGACGGUUCGUGCAGAGCUCCUUAUACCAGCGAGCGGGGCACUGCAAACCAAACUUUAUUUUUCUACGUGCCAAUAUCGCACUCAACACAGUAGGCCGUCAGCAGCGCGCAUUACGACGGAACGGAGAGGGCACAGCAAGGGAGCACGUAGCAGCACCGGGGGCGAAAUCGUCAAACGCCGCCACGCCCUCAUCGCCUGACGCCGCCGUAUUUGCCAAGAAGCGCUUUCUUCAUCGGCGGCAAAAGUCGAGGAACGAACGAACUCGUGGGGUUUCGGAAGUUACGCGGCUAAUCAGACGCCCCGCAUUGAAGUCCGUCGUCACCUUUUCGGGGAAUUCACGAACAGCUGGGUGACGUGACCGACGAGUAUAAAGACCAGCUCGCGAGUAGCGCGUCGUAAACAUCCGACAUCAACCUUCCGAACAAACACCUGGCCGCCUCGGAGGCAAGGAUACAAUCGGGUAAAUAAAUCCUCACAUCUGCUACGACGAGGGUUGUGACCCACGGCGGACUGUAGAAGUCUCACAACUGCAGUGCACGAGUUUCUUACAUUCUCUCCUCCAUCAUGAAUCCCGAGACAAUUUCCUCGGAAACCAUCGCGCCCACGUGGUCGCUCCAAGCGGACAUUACCCCCACGGAUGACCGCGUCUACACCAUGUACCACGGCACCAACGUGGCCUCGGCCAAAGCCAUCUGCUCCGAGGGCUUCAGACAGUCUGCCGGCGGCAUGCUGGGCCGUGGCGUGUACGUGAGCCGCAACAUAGACAAGGCCAGACGGUACCCGCUGGACACGGAGGAUCACCUGAAGGUCAUCCUAAAGCUGGAGGUGGAUGUGGGCAAGGUCAAGAAGAUCGACAGCCAGAACCACCCCCUGCGUCUCACCUGGCACGACGAGGGCUACGACACCGCCUGGGUGCCCGCAGGGUGCGGGAUGGUGACCAGCCAGCUGGAGGAGGACUGCGUGUGGGAUCCGGAGAGAGUCAAGGUCAUUGGCAUCGAGGAGGCGCCUGUUGGACAAAUCGCCACUCUACGGUCAAAGAUUGGGAAGCCAUCCAAAACCGUCCAGAUCUUCGUGGUGAACUUUCAAGGGAGCACCCGAACGUACGACGUGAGCCUCUCGGACCGGGUACAGCAGCUGAAGGUGAAAAUCCAUCGGGAGGAGGGGGUGCCCCCCAGGGAGCAGAUUCUCACCUUCGAGAGCCAGCAGCUGGAAGGCGAACGCACACUGCGUUCCUACAACAUCAGGGCACAAAGCACCAUCCAAUUGCAAGCCCGCCUGCGCGGAGGGCAAUCCUAAAGCCAGAAAAAUCACGCACAUGGGCUCACGUUUGAGAUGAAUGGGACCUUAGCCUCGAUUGUUUUCGAGUUGACACGACUUCUCAACCUGCACCCACCGUGGUGUGAGUUUUUGUGUCGAGGGAUCAUGAUACGCAGUGUAACGACUUAGCCAGAUCCACAGAUUCCCAAAUUUCCUUUUCCGUUAUUGCAUAUUUAAUUGAACUGCGAAUUUAAACACUGCCUAUGCUAUUUACACAUUGUUCGACUAUAUUGUUCACUUGUCUCUCGCAAAUAUAUAAACAAUAAAUAUAUUUCUACUUUAAGGAAACUUCGUGUGGUUUCAUGUUUACGAAUAUGCCUUACAUGCAUUCCCUGCUUGGUUAACAUCAAAAUAGAU